GCCUGUGCCCUAGUGGGCGGGACUUCCGGUGUCGUAUCCCUUGAAGAAGCGGUACCCGCUACAAGGACAUCUGUCGCUGUGGCGCGGAACUAUGCGCUGAUUAGCGGGUGUUUUUUGCUCGUGGACUGGCUCACUCGUGCAGUUAUCUGCACUACCCUACAGCGCCUAGGCGUGUUUGUCCACAGGUCGGGAGGGAGCCAUGGAGGGGCCGCCGCCGGCGCCGCGCCGCCUCCUCGCGCUGGCUCCUUUCCCCCGUGUCUUUGCUGCCGGAGCUGUGCCUGCGGACUCGGAAGCCGACGGGAAGUCUCAGAAGCUGCCGUACUUUGUCCCAGAGUCCUGCUUUUCGGAAUCCGGAUGGGACCGUCUCCGGCAGCUGUUUGUCAAAGAUGAGCAAGAGAGUUACCCAAAGGAGCUGAUGAAUAUCUACAGGUCGGCACUGUCAGCAGGCAUCCUCGGCUGGGCAUACGGGGGAAUACCAGCUUUCAUUCAUGCUAAACGGCGCUACAUUGAGCAGAGCCAAGCAGAAAACUUUCACAACCGGUUUGAUGCUGUGCAAUGCGCACAUCGCGCUGCCACGCGAGGCUUCCUUCGGUAUGGCUGGCGCUGGAGCUGGAGGACUGCAGCAUUCGUGACUGUGUUCAAUUCAGUGAACACCGGACUAACUGCGUACAGAAAUAAAAAUGCCCUGAGCCAUUUUGUCGUGGCAGGAGCUGUCACAGGAAGUCUUUUCAGAAUAAACUUAGGCUUGCGAGGCUUGGUGGCUGGUGGUAUAAUUGGAGCCUUGUUGGGCACUCCUAUGGGAAGCCUGUGGAUGGUGCUUCAGAAGUACUGUGGCGAGACAGUUCAGGAAAUGAAGCAGAAGGAUCAACAGGCCCAGCAGGAGCAGAAGCUGGCAGAGUGGAGAGCCAGACUGCAGUUCACUGAGUUGCUCCCUGAGGAUAUCGAAAGUCGUUUGCAGAAAAAUCAAUCCCAGGAUGAUGCUAAGAAAAUCAAAGCCCUGCUGAGCCUCCCGAGAAACCCUUCAUCACCAGAUAAACAAGGCGAGGACUGAGAACACUCUGGAAUUGAAGCCCGAGGGGGAGUUGAGAGCAGCUGUGUGGCCGCGUCCGUGGGUGCUGGUACCGCGCCAUUCUUAGGUCAGCCUGUGACAGGCGUGAGUGCUGGUGACUGGUGGUAGGGACUUGUGCUUAUUUUUUGAAUCAAGAAUUGGACUACUGUGCUCUCAUUUUAUUUAUCCUUAAAUUUAAAUUCAUCCUUAAUCUCUGUUGAUCUAUUGAUAGAUCUAUAUACUUAGAUUUCUUUACCUCGAUCUUAUAAAAGUGACUAAAACUUUUCCUAAAAGAUUAAAGCUGAACCCCACAGGUUUUCCAUCUGCUCACGUGGUCCUUGGAAAGUGUUCUCUGGGAAUGACCAGGAGGUGCGGAGGGAACUGGCCCCAGAAGGGAUGAAGGCCCAAAUGCAUGGUAGCAUCGGCCUUGUUUUGGUAAGGAUCAAAGAUGAUGCCUGUGCCGCUUGAACUAAAAUAGAAAUUUAACAAAAAGGAAGUAGGUCAGCGUUACAACAGGCACUGCAGCUUUCAAGGUAUUGAUGCUGUAGCAUGCAAGAGCUGCUGGGAGAGCACCAUUCCGGCACUCGGGAGCUUGCUGCCAAAGAAGGAAGAUACUCUGGGAGUUUGAGCUAUAGUAGGAGACAAAUGAUGGACUGAAGUCUACAUCAGCCCCCUCACUGAUGCGGUUUUCUUUCCACAGUUGGGUUACUGUGGUCCAAAAAUAUUGAAUGAAAAAUUCCAGAAAUAAGCCAUAAAUUUUAAAUGAUGUGCCUUCGUGU